CUCUCUCAGCUGGUGCUUUAAGGCAGGCCAGCUGCCAGCUGCUCUCAAAUUGACUCAAUCAAGGACGGCGCGCUGCCCGACCGGCCGGCCGCCGAUCAGCUAGCAACCUACGGCCGUCGGCGAUGAUUGGCGGUGCAGCCGGCCGGCCGGUGUUCGUGCUCUUCGGCUCCUCCACCGUGCAGUACAGCUUCAGCAACGGCGGAUGGGGAGCUACUCUCGCCGACAUCUACGCCCGCAAGGCUGAUAUUAUUCUGAGAGGGUAUAUUGGCUGGAACUCAAGGCGGGCACUUCAAGUCAUUGAAAAAGUUUUCCCCAAGGAUUCAGAAGUGCAACCUAGCUUGGUAAUAGUUUACUUUGGUGGCAAUGAUUCGAUUGCUGAACACUCUUCUGGGCUUGGACCUCAUGUGCCGCUUGAGGAGUACACAGAGAACAUGAGGAAGAUAGCGAAGCACCUCAAGAGCCUCUCCGACAAGACCCGCGUGAUCUUCCUGAGCUGUGCACCGAUCAACGAGGAGACGCUCCGGAAAACAAUGAGCACGGAGCUGAGCGAGGUUAUACGGACCAACGAAGCCUGCCGUCUCUACUCCGAAGCAUGCAUAUCUGUGUGCAAAGAGAUGGACAUCAAGAUGGUUGAUCUCUGGAACGCCAUACAGAAACGGGACGACUGGGCCACGACGUGCUUUACGGAUGGGGUGCAUUUCUCAGAAGAGGGGAGCAACAUAGUUGUGGAACAGAUUCUGAGGGUUCUCAAGGAUGCUGCAGAGUGGGAGCCAAGCCUGCACUGGAAGGCGAUGCCGACCGAGUUUGAUGAGGACUCGCCCUACGACCCUGUCGCCUCCAGCGGCCAAUCCACCAUCAACCCAACCAAGUUGACCUUCCUCACGAAAAUACCAUGGGAAUGAAGAGCAGAUCAGCAUUAUUUGUCUCUCUUUCUGUAGAAUGAUGAUGAUAUUGUGUGCUGGUUCUUAUCCAAAAUAUUGUGUGCUGGUGAUCUGAAAUUCAUGUGAUGGGAGAACAUGAUAAGAAUUCUGCCUUCCAUCGACGAUCCUGUCAUAGAAUCAAUAAUAAACCUGUUGAGUUGAAUUGGUGAGUUGGAAA